AUGUACUCGCAAAGCAUUGUCCAAGUGGAUUGGAACGAACGGCUCGGCAGCAUUGCGGACAUCGGUAGCACCGGCAACGGCAACGUCGAUGUCUAUCGCCGUUUUCAAGACAUGGACGGUGGCAGUAACAGUUCUGCUAGCAAUGAUACCGAAUACACCACAUUGUUGGAUGAAUCGUGCCGGAAGAACGAACGGCUGUACGAUAUCACACCGACGGAGCGAGGAGAGCGACACAACCGCGGAUCAACGAAGAACAAAAUAUUUCUGUCCAUCAUUGCAUUCUGCGUGCUUUUCACGCUGCUGAUGGGGAAUUUUCCCUACGGCAACGAACAUGGCCGUGUUGGUACUAUCGCCGGUUGGGGCUUAAACACGUCCAGGCAAACCAUCGACUACGUGUUCCCGUACGAAAACACGACACUGAUCGAUCCAACGAACGUGUGCUUCAGCGAAGAACGCGCCGGUCUGACGGAAGGCAGCGAAAAGGUGUUUCUGCUGAUUGUCGUCUGCUCCUCGGCAGCUAACUUCGAAGCCCGCCAAACGAUACGCCAAACCUGGGGAGACGUACGGGAGUUCAACUACGAUCAGUUCCCGCGGUUGCACGCUCGAUUGUCCGGCGAAUAUCUCGACCCGAAGGAUGACACUGUACGCAGGCUUAAGGACUACAUAUGGUCGCCUGUCGCGGACGACGAGGCCACCGAGAGGAAUGAUGCACAAACGAGGACGAAUUCUAGCCAGAGCGUUAGAAACGACAGUACAACUGCGCGUAGCAGUUUUAACGUGAAGAUCGUCUUUCUGGUUGGACAAUCACAGUCGGACUACGUGCAUCAGCAGCAACGUGCGGCAUUCCCGCCCGAGGAUACCAUCGUGAGCGUUCCAAGUGCUCCCAAUGGCCUAAGUUCGGGGGCGUCACCGACGAUUGGUGCACCGGCGCCAGAUCAGCCCACCACAAAGACGUUCCGGUCUUCACUGUUCCCCAAUGGUGGGGACGUCGAUCCGGCGUUUAACAUCGGAGUUGGAGCCGACACGGUGGACGACGAGCUGCAGCUGCGAAUCGUGAACGAGAGCGAAGUGUUCGGUGAUAUCAUACAGGAGAGCUUUAUCGAUAGUUAUAACAAUCUGACGUUGAAAACGGUUAUGAUGCUGAAGUGGGUUACCAACAACUGUGAUGGUAAAGUAAAAUUUAUCAUGAAAUGUGAUGAUGACACGUUCGUCAACGUGCCGAAUUUGUUGCACGUGCUGCUUGGCGGAACGGUCCCGCUGUACAAGGCGGCCCUCUCGUUUUACGACAGCAAUACGGUGGCGGUCAAGUCGUCCAAGAAUCGUCUCGUCGCGGGCAAACACCUGCUCACGGGUUUCUUGUUCUGCGAGGCGAAGCCCAUUGUAGACACCAGCAGCAAAUGGUACUCCCCGACGUACAUGUAUAACAAAAAUGUGUACCCGAACUAUCUCUCCGGGACGGCUUAUCUCAUGAACUUCGAGGUGGCCAAGGCACUGUAUCGGGCGAGCCUCACGACGCCAAUUUUCCACCUGGAGGACGUGUACCUGACGGGCAUUGUGGCGGACCGUGCCAAAAUCCGGCGACGUCAUCAUCCUCUAUUUUUUUACUCCUACACCAAAGACCUUUGCGCCCUGCGGGGCAUGAUCUCCCAGCAUCAGCUGCAACCGAGCGAAAUCCGCACCGCGUUCGAUUACGUCACCAACAGCUCCGUGUUGUGCAACGGACCGGAGAAGAAUUUCACCGACGGCAAGCUCAAGCUUCAACAGCGUAAAAAGUGUCAAUGAUGUCGCAAAAAAGCCGCUGUUCCAUCCGGACGACGGCCCCGCCAAUAUCGCCAGUUCAUAUCGAUCUGGUGAAGGUAUUGAGACAGAGCGGAAUGUAAACACUCCACCUUAAGCCACGGUAGAGUGGUUUGUGUUUUCUUUGCCGCAGAAAUGCAUCCUUUUGCAUACUCCACCGAUUUGUGAGUGCUGCAGGACUGUAGACACAAUGACACAAGAGAGCAGAUAUUCGCCGGUCCCGUUUGCACGCUAGGAGUUCACAGCUCGAAACGCACAGCCAUUUCAAUAUAUACUCCUAGAAUCUCAUGUAGAUAAUGUAGACCAGCAAUAUGCACUUGUCGUCCUAUGCGGAGCGGUUCCUGGUCGAUAGUAAUGCAACGUGUUUGCUAUGUAAGGCGAAAGUACGACGUAAGGGCUAGAAGGAUAUAUUAUUUACAAGCAACAUUAAGUCUGCUGAUGCGCUUCCUCUCAUCGAAUCGAUUAUAUGCAAAUUAGUAACGAAUGAAAUUAGCUAAGCUUCGCCUUCAACAACAAAAAACGUCCUUACUAAAUUUUUAACAACUUAUUGUACUUUGUAGAGGGUUAUCUAAUUCACGCGUGUGUGAGAGAUAGGGAUAGAGAAAGAGAGAGAAAAGGAAUGGAAAAAAGUGUGGACGAGGACAAGAAGAAAGACAAUGUAAGUGAUGAGCAUCCAGCUCGUAGAAUCUCUUAGGUUAGAUACUAUUGGCGAAGCUUCAGAAGCAUCGCGUGUUCAAAGCGGCGCGUUAUGCCAUUCAAAUUACGGUAUGAAGCCGAUCUUCAUUACAAAUCAUAUCCUCUCAGAACAGCUCUUUCUAGCCUGUCCUUUUGACGUUUGCGUUGGUGUAUGUUUGAGCAUACCUUUGGCGUUGACGAUGUAACAUGUAGCCAUGCACGUAGUGAUGCUA